CUCACUGUACGCCUGUCACGCCGAAGAUUCUAGGCUCUAUAGGUCAAACUACAGCAGCAGAAAUGAUCCGAUCAUUAACUUUACUCAAACACUCUUUGAAUCUCUCUCAACGGGCCAAUGUCAGGCUGUUUUCUUCCAACAGAGGGAUAAGAAACAGAAUAGUACCAGCGACAUUCAGUGGAGUUGAUACUAAUGGCAGGCAUCAGUUGUAUCACUCCAGACCCACCGGAGUCUGGAGCUCGACUUUUACUGGUGCCAGUGUGGCUCAUCGCGGUUACAGUACCCAACAGGCGGAGACUGUAGAGGAGGAGACCCUCCACAGCAUCAUCAGUGACACCGAGAACGUUCAAGGAUCCUUCUCCAAACACGAGUUCCAAGCGGAGACGAAGAAACUGCUUGAUAUUGUGGCCAGAUCGCUGUACUCUGAGAAAGAGGUGUUCAUCAGGGAGCUCAUCUCUAACGGCAGUGACGCUCUGGAGAAACUACGGCACAAGCUGAUGACAGCAGGUGGAGAAACGGCACCGAUGGAGAUUCAUCUUCGGACUGAUGCAGCCAAAGGCACCUUCACCAUUCAGGAUACAGGUGUUGGGAUGAAUAAAGAGGAGCUGGUUGCUAAUCUGGGUACCAUCGCUCGAUCCGGCUCUAAGGCGUUUCUGGAUGCUCUUCAGAAUCAAGCAGAGGCCAGCAGCUCUAUCAUUGGUCAGUUUGGUGUGGGCUUCUACUCCGCCUUCAUGGUGGCUGAUAAAGUGGAUGUUUAUUCUCAGUCUGCUGAACCAGGAGCUCCUGGAUACAAGUGGUCCUCAGACGGUUCUGGAUUGUUUGAGAUCGCAGAAGCUUCAGGAGUUCGUCAGGGAACCAAGAUCGUGCUCCACCUCAAGGACGACUGCAAAGAGUUUUCCUCCGAAGACCGCGUCAAAGAGGUUGUGACUAAAUACAGCAACUUUGUCAGUUUUCCCAUUUUUCUGAACGGACGAAGACUAAACACCCUACAGGCUCUGUGGAUGAUGGAGCCGAAAGACAUCAGCGAGUGGCAGCACGAGGAGUUUUAUCGUUACGUGGCUCAAGCUCAUGAUAAACCGCGCUACACGCUGCACUACCGCGCAGACGCUCCGCUCAAUAUCCGCAGCAUCUUCUAUGUGCCAGAGAUGAAGCCCUCUAUGUUUGACGUGAGUCGUGAGAUGGGAUCCAGUGUUGCUCUGUACAGCAGGAAGGUUCUGAUCCAAACCAAGUCCACAGACAUCCUGCCCAAGUGGCUGCGCUUCCUGAGAGGUGUUGUGGACAGUGAAGAUAUUCCUUUAAACCUCAGCAGAGAACUGCUGCAGGAAAGUGCCCUGAUCAGGAAACUGAGGGAUGUCUUACAGCAGCGUGUCAUUCGGUUCUUGCUGGACCAGAGUAAGAAAGAUCCAGAAAAAUACGCUCGCUUCUUUGACGACUACGGGCUGUUUAUGCGCGAGGGCAUCGUGACCACCGCGGAGCAGAGUGUCAAGGAGGACAUUGCCAAGCUGUUGCGUUUCGAGUCGUCAGCACUUCCUGUGGGUCAGCAGACCAGUCUGAUGGAAUACACCUCUCGUAUGAAGGCGGGAACCAGGAACAUUUACUAUCUGUGUGCACCGAACCGCCACCUGGCCGAACACUCACCGUACUUUGAGGCCAUGAAACAGAAAGAUAUGGAGGUUCUGUUUUGCUUCGAGCAGUUCGAUGAACUCACACUGCUUCACCUCAGAGAGUUCGACAGGAAGAAACUCAUUUCAGCCGAGACUGACAUCGUUGUAGAUCAUUACAAAGAGGAGAAAUUCCAAGACGCAAAACCAGCAUCAGAGCGGUUGACUGAACAGCAGGCAGAAGAUCUGCUGGCCUGGAUGAAGAACUCACUCGGACAGAGAGUCGCCAACAUCAAGGUGACCCCACGUCUGGACACGCACCCGGCCAUGAUCACAGUGCUAGAGAUGGGCGCCGCUCGACACAUCCUGCGCACACAGCAGCUCGCCCGCAACUCAGAGGAGAGAGCACAAUUACUGCAGCCCACACUGGAGAUCAACGCCGGACAUGACCUCAUCAAGAAGCUUCACGCACUGAAGGACUCGAACCCUGAGCUCGCACAGAUGCUGCUUGACCAGAUUUACGAUAACGCCAUGAUCACCGCUGGCCUCAAUGAAGACCCUCGUCCGAUGAUCUCCCGUCUGAACCAGCUUCUUACUCAAGCGCUGGAGAAACACUGAACUCACUCUACUGGACUCUUGUUUUGCCAUCAUUAGACUGUGCUGUGUGUGGGGGGCGUUCACUCACCAUUGCUGCAGACGCCACUGUCGAUCUGUUUAUAUGAAGACUUGAGAGAAUCUUUGUGCAGGUGUGACAUGGUUGGAGACACACUUCACCGCUGAUAAGAGACUAUUGUUUGCUAUUUCUUCAUCUGUGGUCAACCUGUAUGCGACACUGAACAAAGAUUGGAGAGAAAUUCAGCAGUUUGUGACACCUGAACCAGUGUUAUGAAAUGAUUGGGGGAAAAAAACAAACUAAAGUACUUUUUCAUAACUCCAAAACUAACUAAAAUCAAAUAAAAAUGAUCUGGAAUUCA